AUGCUCAUCGCCGAACAACUAGUUGUCCCAACACCAGAAGUUACUGCUAAACCAGAAGAGGUCAAAGAAAAAUCAGAGGAAAUGGGCCCAGAAGCGAAGCAGUUAGUUAAUGAGGAGACUGAUACCAAUAAGGAGUACCAACAUGUGGUCCCUCACUCUCAAAGCCCAGAAAUCAUGAAACCGUCACUCCCACCUGAAUUAGAUGUCAAAGAGCCCAAUGUAAAGGCGAACCCCUGCAGUGGUAAGAUGAGAUGUACACCUGAUAGAGAGGGUGACCAGUCUGCUACUCCUCCAGCUCCCUACUACAGCAAUCUGCAACCACUAGGGCACGGCACAGCAACCACACCAACCAAGCUUCUCCAGCCCCCGAACUCCAGCAGCUCUGCAACUCCACCAUGCCCGAGCACCAGCUCCAUAGCUCCUGCCAUAGUCCCUGCUGCUGCCACAACUCCUCCGUAG